AUGCCUGGUGGGAUGAUGGUGGUGUACUUGCUGGAUGAAGAAGAAUCACCAUGGAGUAGCGUGCCCCCUCGUUCUCUCUCUCUCAACCUGAAGAACUUCUACACCCCUCACUCAGACCAGCCCGUCACCUCCACUCCAGCAGGACAGCCAGAAAACCCUCCUUUUUCCUCCCACGCUGAGUCCUACCUCAAUCUGCUCAACCUGCAUGGUGCUCCCACCAUUACAGCCAAUGGAAAGCCAGCGAGUGCGAGAAGUGAAGCGGGACAGGACGCAGCAGGAAAGGAAGUUGCAAAGCUAGAAACUCGGAAUUCAACGGCACUUGAUGAGAGGUAUAAACAAACCAUCCCUAAACUGGACCCUCCACCUCAGCCCCUGAACCGCAAGCGUUCAAACAGGACUCUCUCUCCGGGUGUCGAAGCGGAGUCAAGAUCUUCAGCUGUAGCCACACCUGUAAAUGGAAAUGUACUCACAAACGUGAACAGUAGCUCCUUGUUUCCUGACAUCACGCUAUGCUCCGUUUCACCUGGUGAUUUCUAUUCUCACACCAACGGUAACAGUGUAUCGUGUUCAGCCAGCGAGGAUUCUGGCGUGCGCUCGGAUGACAAAUCCCUUAUAUCCCCCCAAUCCAGAGACGACCCCUCUGAUGACCAGAGCUCUGCGUUCAUCUCCACGUCCAGUACCUGCAGCAGCUUACCUGAGGAUCAUCCAGCUGUGGAUGGAGUGACUCCACCGCAUUCUACCACACCGCUGGGAUAUGAGCAAACCAUCCCAUUCUCUUCGCCUGUCAAUGACACCUGCCUUCAUAUAAGCCUAAGUGAAGAUGAGUUUCUAGAGGACGGCACCUAUAAUGUCACCACCCCAUGCAGGAGUUAGAAUCCCACACAAAAUAUGUGAGAAAUCACAAUAAUAACAACUCCACAGUGUUGAACAAACAUAAUGAAGAAAGGAGGAAUAUUUGACAACUGAACUGUGUGAUGUUAGCCACAAGCUCACACUGAUGUUAUGUUGCAUAUUAUUUCACACAGUUUUUUCGCUUCUUGUUUCGAUCAAUGACUCUCCAUUUUUGUACCAUGCCCUCAAAUGAUAUUAUCUAUAAAAUUUACUGAAAGAAUAUUUAGUAUGAUACAGUGUAGACUACUAUUGACAGAUGGAUAGAGUGUAUUUUUUUAGAUUGAAAAUGAAUAGUUAUUUUUAGCAAUGAAUGAAGUGCAUUGGCUCCUACUAAGCUGAAUAGGAACUGCUUCUGUUAGUGCUGCUGAUGUGUUUUAUAAGUUCAGUCUUUGUUUUAUUAUUAUUAUUAGCGCAAAUUGAUUUAUAUAUUGUUUGAAUGUUAUUUGGAUGCUUAAGAGCAGUUAUGUAGCAAAGAAACGCAGAAGUAUGUUAGCAAAAGAGACAUGGUGAGAAAUAGAUGAGAAAUUGAGGUGGAAAAAACUUUCUUGCAGGAAUUCACAAACUGCAUACAUUUUGUUUCAUACUGUAAGCUGUGUGACUGAAUAACUAAGUAUGGCAGCUUGAAUGGAUUGAUGACUGCAGACAAAUAAGGGACUUGAUUAUGUCUAGACAUCUUGAAGGGCUGAACCUCUCUGAUUUUAAUGCUUCACCAAUCAAGGUAAAAUGAGGGAAGAUCAUUAUCACCUUUUCUAGGUGGAAAGGCUGCAAAGGAAAAAAAGAGAGAGGGGAAGUAGAGGUGUUACAUUAGCAAUAAAUGCAAUAAUUUUCA